AUGCCGGCCACUCGUAAGAAAUUCGCAGCAUGCGACCCGUGCAGGGCCGCCAAGGUGGCCUGCGACCAUGCGCGGCCAGUGUGCAUCCGCUGCCAGAACCAAUCGCGGCAGGCCGAGUGCGUCUACCGCGCCUCGCCGUUCAAAAAGACGAAGCGCGCCCCGGAGAAGACGACUACUCCGGCCACGCCCGGACUGAUGAGCCACACGCCGAGCAGACAGCAGAGCUUUGCUGCCAGUGGCAGAACGCCCGUCCUGGGCAGCGGCGGCGAUUCUGUUGCUCCCAAGCAGCCGCAUCGAUAUCCCAACCCCGGCUACCUGGGCUCGUUUAGCUCCACCACUUUGUUUGGUAACCUGCCGGACAUGCACGACCCCGUUCUGGACGCCGAGGGCGGCAGCGGCGUCGGCUCGGACAACCCCGUCCGCGAGGCCAAUGUCACGCGCGGCGCGGGUCUGAUCAAGCAGAUCGAGGCCACCGUAUCCAUCGAGUCGUGCUGCCACCUGAUCCUGGCCUGGACGGCGCGCGGCUCCAGCCUCCCGCUGGCCGGGCCCUUCCUGGAGCACUGCAUCGCGACGAUGCGCCAGCUGUUCCCCAACCAGGGCCGCACGGCCGUCGCGAGCGCGGAGCUGUCGCGGAGCCUCUUCCACAACACCAGCCGCCCGAUCGACAUGGCGACCAGCACGACGCUGCACGACUUCCAGGCGCAGUUUGGCCACCAGCAGUGCCGGUGGGAGACGCUCGGCUUCUUCUUCACGGCGGCGUCGAGGGCGGCGAUUGAAAUGUCCAAAUUUGAGUCGGCGCGGGAGUAUCGGGACCUGCAGCGGCUGGGUAUGAACCUGUCGGAUCUGAGUCUCGACAUUGCCCUGUCGCUGGAUUGUCUCAACGACUUGCAGCUUGUUCUGCAGUACGAAAACUGGAUUCUUCAUUCGUUUGUCGACGGCGACCAGAGCUAUCACUCAUGGAAGCGGCUGGGCGAUGUCAUCAGCUCUAUAUAUGCGCUGGGUCUGCACCAGCAGACAAACAACGACCACAAUAGCUUCCCGCCAUUUUUGCUUGAGCUCCGGCGGCUCACCUUUGCCCUCACAUACUCUGCCGACAAGAACGUGUCCCUGUUUUUGGGGCGGCCGCCGCGGAUACACCUCAAGUACUGCAAGCUCAUCCUCCCGCGCAGCGAUGGGCGCGUCGUCGAGCCGUGGAAGACGACCUGGCCGCAGGACAUGCCGUUUGACUAUGUCGCCGACAUCCGCUGGGGUGCCUUGUGCGGUAUCCUGAAAGAAGACAUCAUGGAGCUCUUCAGCCUUGAAGGCGUGAAUGACGGCCACCCCAAAGUCCGAGAAAUCCACGACAAGGCCACUGCGCAGUGGCAGGCCCUGCCGCCGCACUUUCGCCUCGAGAGCUCGCUGAAGCAGUGCAACCAGGCGCCGGUCGUGCGCGACUUUAUCCUCAACGCGCGCCUCAACCAGCUGCACAUUCUCUUCCUGCUGCGCAUGGCCGUCACGCGCUCGCACCCCGAGUCAGACGCGGAGCUCGUCUCCACGGCCGCCGAGAUCCUCACGCUCAUCGUCGAGGCGCUCAUGCAAAAGGACUACCUCGUGAACUCCGGCACGUCGCUCGUGUGGAAGGUGGCCUACUACGGGCUGUCGGCCGCGGGCGUCAUCUGCCUGUGGCUGCUGCACCAGUCGUCCAAGACGCAGCCGCACCCCAACGUCGAUACGUCGCGCGUCUUCCAGAGCAUGAGCGUGCUCGUCGUCGAGAUGGAGACGGGCGUGCUCAUCGAGACCGACGAUCCCAACUACAAGCUCCUCGUCGAUGCCUCCAAGACCAUGGGCUGCCUGCUCUCGCGCCUCAUCCUCGGCCGCGUCACCCCGCCGCAGACCGGAGAGGCGGCCGGCAGCGCCGCCGUCGUGAGCAGUGGUGUCGUGGCGCGGUCGCCCGCGUCGGCGGCCAUGCUCGAGACGCAAGAGGUGGCGGCGGCGAACGGCGGUUGGAACGCUUGGGACGGCCACACCCUGCAUGACUUUGAGUCGGAUUUCUGGCUGAAUCUGGCCGAGCACCCUUUCCUGGCUGGAGGCGGUGGUAAUGACAUGUAA